UGGGCGGCGGGCGGCAUGGCGGCGGCGAGGGCGGCGGAGCUGGGGCCGGGGCCGGGGUCGGGGCCGGCGGGCGGGCUGCCCCGCUGGCAGCUGGCCCUGGCCGUGGGCGCGCCGCUGCUGCUGGGCGCCGGCGCCGUCUACCUGUGGCGGCGGCGGCGGCGGCAGCGGCCCGGGCGGCGGCGGCCCGGCCGCGAGGCCUCCGCGCCGCGAGACCCACAGAGGAAGACCCCCGAGGGCCGGGACAGCCCCGCCCCCGACCGCCCCGACACCGACGCAGACGCGCACACGAGCCCUCUGGAUAGAGCUCAGGCAGCGAAGAACAAAGGCAACAAAUACUUCAAAGCAGGAAAGUAUGAGCAGGCCAUUCAAUGCUAUACAGAGGCUAUCAGUUUGUGCCCUAUUGAGAAAAAAGUCGACCUUUCUACAUUCUACCAAAACAGAGCUGCUGCCUUUGAACAGUUGCAAAAAUGGAAGGAGGUGGCUCAAGACUGCACUAAGGCCGUUGAACUUAAUCCCAGAUAUGUGAAAGCGCUCUUUAGACGCGCAAAAGCCCAUGAGAAACUAGACAAUAAGAAGGAAUGUUUAGAAGAUGUCACCGCAGUCUGCAUAUUAGAAGGUUUCCAGAAUCAGCAAAGUAUGUUGUUAGCUGAUAAAGUUCUUAAACUCCUCGGAAAAGAAAAAGCCAAAGAUAAAUACAAGAACCGGGAGCCUCUGAUGCCAUCUCCGCAGUUUAUCAAAUCGUACUUCAGCUCCUUCACCGAUGACAUUAUAUCCCAGCCUCUCCUCAAAGGGGAGAAGUCUGAUGAAGAUAAAGACAAAGAGGGAGAGGCUUUAGAAGUAAAAGAAAACUCUGGGUAUUUAAAGGCUAAGCAGUAUAUGGAAGAAGAAAAUUAUGACAAGAUCAUAAGUGAGUGCACAAAAGAAAUCGACAUGCACGGUAAAUACAUGGCAGAAGCAUUGCUUUUGCGAGCAACGUUCUAUCUGCUCAUCGGCAAUGCCAACGCUGCCAAGCCAGAUCUGGAUCACGUCAUCAGUUUGCAAGAUGCUAAUGUCAAGCUUCGUGCAAAUGCCCUGAUCAAGCGAGGCAGUAUGUAUAUGCAACAACAGCAGCCUCUGCUGUCCACUCAGGACUUCAAUAUGGCCGCUGACACCGACCCUCAGAAUGCAGAUGUUUACCACCACCGAGGACAGCUGAAAAUCCUCCUUGAUCAAGUGGAAGAAGCAGUGGCAGAUUUUGAUGAAUGUAUUCGGUUACGUCCUGAUUCUGCACUGGCACAAGCUCAGAAGUGUUUUGCCUUGUAUCGCCAGGCUUACACAGGGAACAAUUCUUCACAAGUCCAAGCAGCUAUGCAAGGCUUUGAGGAGGUCAUUAACAGAUUUCCAAGGUGUGCCGAAGGCUAUGCUUUGUUUGCCCAGGCAUUAACAGAUCAACAACAGUUUGGAAAGGCAGAUGAAAUGUAUGAUAAAUGUAUUGUCUUGGAACCCGACAACGCCACUACUUAUGUUCAUAAAGGUUUACUUCAACUUCAGUGGAAGCAAGACCUAGACAAAGGAUUGGAGCUUAUCAGCAAAGCCAUUGAAAUUGACAACAAAUGCGACUUUGCCUAUGAAACGAUGGGAACUAUUGAAGUGCAAAGGGGAAACAUGGAUAAGGCCAUUGACAUGUUCAACAAAGCGAUUAACCUGGCCAAGUCUGAAAUGGAGAUGGCCCACCUGUAUUCCCUUUGUGAUGCUGCUUAUGCCCAGACAGAAGUCGCUAAGAAAUAUGGAUUAAAACCACCGACGUUGUAAAAAAAAAAAAAAUUGGGGAAGAAAUAUGACCUUCUUAUAGUUUACCCCUUCGUCGACCGAGCCCUAAAGAUGCAUAUCGCAAACUCUGUUGAAUGGUGGAACUUGAGUUUUUCCGUUUGUGGUGUUGUCCUUUGUUACAUCUAUUCGGUGUUUAGGUGUUGUGGGAGUGACUGUCAGGAAGUUUGCGGAGUUGCAGUUUUCCCUCCCAUGUGGCAGGGUUCCCGUGGAGGUUAGCGAUUAAAUUUGCACAGGGAGCAAAGGUUCUCUUUUGGCCAUGCAAAUAAAACCAGAUUUCUCUUGG